AUGUCAUUAGCAACAGUGAUGAUGAUCAGUCUUCUGUUUGUCUCAGCAUUCUGCGAAAAGUUUACAACCGGAGUUCAGCUACAUGUGCGCAAAGGAACGAAUAAGGAGGUAAUAGCAAAAUGCAGCUUGCUUACUCGGCUUGCUCCUGAACUAUGGCAAACGGGUGGAUUCCAGAAUUGCAUUAUUUUGCUUCGCAUUGGAACCAUUACUCUCAGCAAUAUUGUGCAAUAUCGCGUUACCGUGGAUAUCGAAAAAAUGCCCAAAUUUCCAGAAAUGAGAGCAUACUUUGAAAAGGUGGCGUUUGUUAACCAAGAACUUAACUCAGGAAUGAGUUCGUGCACAACUACCACCGGUAAUAACUGGCAGCUAUGGGAACUAAAUCGCGGUGAAAGGCAUAUAUUUCGGAUGUAUAUCAAUGUUAAUUUAUCCCACGUAAGAGCGCCCAUCUGCGACAGACUUUUGAAAAUCCGUCCAAAUGCAUUCCGAGAAGGUGGUUUCCAUGAAUGUUAUAAUGCGCAAAUGGACCCCGAUGAAAUGUUUGCCGAAUUGCACUUGGUUUGUUUAAAAGUGCGUAACCGACUUAGUGGGGAAUUCUUCUCUUGGAUGAGUGAUGAGGAAGUGGCAUUGCGUGUCGAAACAAUGUUCAACUCCGAUGCUGUAGGCUGCGUUACGCACGACCUUGGAUAUAUAGCCGGUCUGGUGCAAAAAACCUUUUACGUUUCUGGACCAUCGUCAAGAACUAUGUGCAGAAAAAUAAAAGAGAACAUUGGUGUACCAUUUCACGCGCAUUAUGUGUCGUGCAGCCUAAAGCAAAUUGGCAGUUCAAACUUUAGUAGAAUUAUCAUGUCAUUAUAUCGCUUGAAGUUCAAACAUCCGUUUUAUGCCAUUGAUCAGUUUGCAUACAUGGAAUACCAGAGCAAGUUGAUCAAAGAUAUGAAUCGACCCUUCACCAUUUGCCUAUAUAAUGGGUAUUCUCAACUGGAGAAAAUUAAUUGCCGGAAUUUCCUGUUUCGCACCUAUUAUCAACGUAUGGUGGAUGGUGCCAAAGUGCAAAUAUCCAAACUUGGCUGGCAAACUUGUUUAGGAAUGCUAAACAUGGAUGUCACGCAUUUGAAUCGCCAUUUUCGCCGUGUAUUUGAUAUUUUU